CAUUUUCUCUGUUUGUCAUGUCUUUCUCAUCUCCUCGACAACACCGUCAAUCCUCUCUGCCGCCUAGCAGCGCGCCUGGACUGCCAUCUGAGGAUGCGAGUGUAUCGAGAUCGCGUACCGGAACGCCUGAUGCUGGCGGGACACCUCGACGGCCAGAUGCCUUGGAUUUGGAUGAUGAUGGUGGUAAUGAAGAACAGGAUGGUAAUACAACAGGAUCUAAGCGAAAGAAACGUAUCAAUGGAGAUGCGCGGCGCGAUGUUCCAUUGGUGCGAGAUGCGGUCGGAGAGAGCGUCGCUGAAAGCUUUGAAACGUUUUUGAAGACCUUCACAGAGGAUGUCGCGCUCGCAGCGACCCCCGCUUCCGAAGGAGAUAUUCCAGACGCACCGGAUGGCGAGUUCGUCUACGUUGAGCAGGUUCAUACCAUGCGCGAGUACGAGCUUACGACACUCUACGUCGACUACGGACAUCUGUUGGCGAGAGAUGAUGUCCUCGCAGACGCGAUUCAAAAGCAGUACUAUCGGUUCCUCCCCUACCUUCGUCGUGCACUUCUUAAUCUCGUCACGGAAUUCGAGCCCGAAUACCUGAAAAUCAAUCCUACAGCUGCGACAACUGAUUCUGCGAAUCUCCAGUCUCGAGAAUUUAACAUCGCUUUCUACCAUUUGCCCCUAGUAUCCGGUAUCAGGGACCUAAAGACAGAGAAAAUCGGGACCCUGAUGAGUAUCAGUGGCACCGUUACUCGGACAAGUGAAGUGCGACCAGAGCUGCUUUUUGGGAGUUUUGUUUGUGAAGUGUGUAAAGGGCAGGUCAAUGACGUAGAGCAACAAUUCAAGUACACGGAGCCUUCCCUUUGCCCAAAUCCUACGUGCGGAAAUCGUACCGCGUGGCAGCUACAGAUCGAUAGCUCAAAAUUCACUGACUGGCAAAAAGUCCGCAUACAAGAAAACCCCUCCGAGAUACCUACCGGAUCGAUGCCACGCUCCCUAGACGUCAUUUUACGUUCUGAACUUGUAGAACGCGCAAAAGCUGGAGACAAAUGCGUAUUCACAGGCACCUUUAUUGUUGUUCCGGACGUCAGUCAAUUAGGCCUACCGGGAGGGAAUAAAGCGCAGCUACAAAGGGAAGCAAAUCGAAACAGCACUAAUUCCGCUACUGGAGGUGUCGGGGGUUCUGGUGUUACGGGAUUAAAGACCUUAGGUGUCAGAGAUCUGCAAUAUAAGACUGCAUUCUUGGCAUGCAUGGUACAUGAUGCUGAUGCACGGGGGGGUACAAAUGUGCGUGGAGAGGAAGAUGCUGGGGAAGACAGUGGACAGGCAUUUGUUCAGACUCUUACGGAGCCGGAGUUUGAUGAACUCAAGGCCAUGAUUGAGUCGGAUCAUAUAUAUGCUCGUCUUGUGGAGAGCAUGGCGCCUACGGUUUACGGACAUGAAAUUGUGAAGAAGGGUCUCUUGCUGCAACUUAUGGGUGGAGUUCAUAAGCAGACAACCGAGGGGAUGCAUCUUCGUGGAGACAUAAACAUUUGCAUUGUUGGCGAUCCUUCGACCUCAAAAUCGCAGUUCCUGAAGUACAUCUGUUCCUUCCUUCCCCGAGCGGUCUACACUUCCGGCAAAGCCUCAUCAGCUGCCGGUCUAACAGCUGCGGUUGUGAAGGACGAAGAAACAGGCGACUUCACUAUCGAAGCAGGUGCCUUGAUGCUCGCUGACAAUGGCAUCUGCGCUAUCGAUGAAUUCGACAAAAUGGAUAUCUCGGAUCAAGUCGCCAUUCACGAAGCCAUGGAACAGCAGACCAUAUCCAUCGCUAAGGCUGGUAUUCAUGCAACGCUCAACGCACGGACAUCUAUCCUCGCUGCCGCUAAUCCCAUUGGUGGACGAUAUGAUCGGAAAAAGACUCUGAGGGCCAAUGUCGCCAUGAGCGCACCCAUCAUGAGUCGUUUCGAUCUCUUCUUUGUCGUUCUCGAUGAGUGUGACGAGAAAACGGACCUAAACAUAGCGAAGCAUAUUGUAAACGUUCACCGCUUCCAAGACGAAGCCAUCAAUCCUGAGUUCAGCACAGAGACAUUGCAGAGGUACAUUCGGUAUGCAAGAACAUUUAAUCCUAAGUUGAGUCGAGAUGCCGCAGACGUACUUGUUGAAAAGUACAGGAUACUCCGACAAGAUGACGCUUCAGGCGCAGGCCGAAAUUCAUACCGUAUCACGGUCCGGCAGCUGGAGAGUAUGAUUCGAUUGAGCGAGGGUAUUGCUCGGGCAAAUUGUACGAACGAGAUCACACCCGCUUUCGUGAGAGAAGCUUAUGGUCUCCUGCGGCAAUCAAUCAUUCACGUCGAGCAAGACGACAUUGAUUUUGAUGAGGAGGAGCUUGAAGGUGAACGUAGACGUGAGGCGCCUGCCCGCCCGGCCCCUCAAGCAUCAGAAGACGUCGAAAUGGCAGGUGUUGAAGAGAGCCAAACCCAGAUGGAUGAGAGCUCUGCUGUUCCUAAUGGGGCUUCCGAAUCCAAAGACGCACCAGCUACCCCGAAAGCUUCAACGUCCCAGUUACCAUCAUCAGACCAUGUCCCUCAUCCGCCUGCACAGCCCAAGAGGAGGAUGGUCAUCACGCACGACAAGUAUAUGAUGCUUCAAGAGCUGAUUGUUCUACAUCUAUCCGAGGUCGAGCGGACAACCGGUCAGGGUCUUGAUCGGGAUGAGCUCAUUGACUGGUAUCUCGAAGUGAAAGUGGACGGCGGGGAGGUGCAGACUGAGGAUGAGCUAGAUUACGAGAAGGAACUUAUCUCAAAGAUGCUUAAGAGGCUAGUCAAGGACAGCUACCUUAUAGAAAUGAGGGGCGAUAUCCAGGACUCCCUACCCUCUAUGGAUGACGAAUCUCAGGAGUCUUCGGGCCUUGCAGAAGGGGAGAAUCUCAAGCUGUACUAUAUGGUUCAUCCAUCUGUAGACAAAGAUUCAUCGACGUCCUUGACAUCUAUGCCUUAAUCUCGUGUUUUUGUUUUGUUGCUUUGAUUGAUUGUUGUAUUCCACUGUACGCUAUGCGUUGUAUGAUCUAUAUUAUCUAUAGUGCUUCCCAAGAUACAGUUCCAACUAUUCCUUC